AUGACCUCUCUCGUCAAGCAAGCUGCCGCCGCAGCUUUGCUGCUGUCUUCCAGUGUUGCAGCACAGGACGUCACUACCCUCACGGGUACGAUCCCCACCUCGCAGCCGACGGCGUGUGCCACCGUCUUGACACCGGCUUACUCGGCGCCCGUUGCGGCGAAGGGUUGGAAGGCCCAGCUGAUUGCCACCAACCUCACUAACCCGCGCGGUAUCAAGUUCGACUCCAACGGCGGGCUGCUCGUGCUGGAAGCCCGUAACGGGCUCCGGCAUUUGGCCUUCGACGACAAUGGAGGUACUUGUCUAUCUGUGCGCAGCAGCACUUCCGUCAUCGAGGAUGAAGAGCUCAACCAUGGUCUUGAAUUGUCCGAGGAUGGCAGGACCCUGUACGUCUCCACGGCCGAGAAUGUCGACCGUUACAGCUACGACGCCGACACCAUGACCGUCAGCAACCACGCCCGCAUCGUCGCCAACAUGACCAACCCCAACCCGGGCAUCGCGCACGUCACGCGGACCCUUUUGCUCUCCAAGAAAGAGCCCGACCUCCUCCUGGUCUCGCGCGGCAGCGCCGAGAACGUCGACCCACUGGCCGCCGACCAAUCCACCGGCAUCUCCCACAUCCGCGCCUUCAACAUCUCCAACACCACCACCUCCUCCCUGCAGCGCCCCUACAGUUACCCCGAAGAUGGCCUGCUCGUCGGUUGGGGUCUGCGCAACUCGGUCGGCGUGGCCGAGCACCCGGUCACGGGCACCAUCUGGUCCGUCGAGAACAGCGCCGACGACAUUCACCGCCUGGACGAGGACAUCCACGAGGAGAACCCGGGCGAGGAGCUCAACUACCACGGCCUCCUCAACGACACGGACUCACCCCUCUCGCUCCUCGGCAGCAACUACGGCUACCCGACAUGCUUCGCGCUGCGCAACACAACAGACUUCCCGUCACAGGGCGACCUAACCGUCGGCGCGCAGUUCUCACUCGAAAACGACGCAACCGCCAACGACACGCACUGCGGGCUGCGCACCGUGCCGCCCCGCCUCACCUUCCAAGCCCACACCGCCCCGCUCGACAUCGAGUUCCUCCCCGGCAACGGCUCGCGCGCCUUCAUCUCCUUCCACGGCAGCUGGAACCGCGAACACCCGGCGGGCUACAAGCUGUCGUACGUCGCCUUCGGGACCGACGACGACGACGGCGACGACGAUGACGACGACGAUGAGAACGGCACCGGAGCCGGCAUGCCCGUCGAGGCCCCCGACAGCGUCGACCCCAUCCGCGACGUCCUCACCGCCCCGGACGUGAGCCGCUGCUCUGAGCGCGGCGCCUGUUUCAGGCCUGUCGGGCUGGCGUUUGAUGCCGCUGCGCAGCGGCUGUUUGUGUCAAGCGAUGCGACGGGCGAGAUUUGGGUGGUGAUGCGGGAUGGUGAGGAGGAAGAGGACGGGGGUGGUGGUAAUGGUGGUGGCGGUGGGACGCCGACUGAGACUGGUGGUCCUGUGGAGAGCACGUCGACUGCGGCGGCCAUGCCUGGGGCGGGGUACCGUGGUGCUGGGGGCGAGGGGUGGGUUGUGGUGGUGGUCACGGCGGUGAUGGUGGCUGUUGGGGGGUUGGGGUUUGUGGCUUAG